CACCAUAGCAUACCCACUAGAAUUUCCAGUCUCGAGACUCGCCCAUAUUUAAAAGGCCUUGGGGCAAGUAAAGGAGUAGUAAACUAUGCGAAGAUCAACUUCACUUUUAGCUUUUCGUGCCCUGACUCGAAAUACCAGACGUUCUAUAUCAGUUAUGACUUCGACACAGAGCGGCCAAUUCAGGCCUGUCGGCGAGAAGCAGGCGCAGGACCAGCCUGGGCUGGAGAAAUCCAUGAAGCCCUCAAGCGAGACGACGAAGCUGGAAGGAAAGGGAGGCUUCCAGGAGUACAAACCAGCUGGCAAGCUGAAUGACAAUAAGGCCCUCAUAACGGGCGGCGACUCAGGCAUCGGGCGAGCAAUAGCCGUCCUCUUCGCACGCGAGGGCUCGGACGUCAGUAUCGUGUACCUACCCGAGGAGAAGGACGACGCGGCGGACACGAAGAAGAUGGUCGAGCGUGAGGGCCGCGAGUGCCUGCUGAUACCGGGCAACCUGAUGGACAACGAGACGUGCCGGAAGGCCGUGGACGAGCACGUCCGCAAGUUCGGCAUCAUCCAUGUGCUCGUCAACAACGCGUCCAAGCAGAUCAUGUGCAAGGACAUUGCGGAGAUCGACCUCGACGACGUAGAGAGCACCUUCCGCAGCAACAUCUUGCAAAUGUUCGCCCUAACCAAGUACGCUUUGCCGCAUAUGGAGAAGGGCGGUUCGAUAAUCAACACAACCUCAACGGUCGCCUUCCGCGGCACGGCCCACAUGGUAGACUACGCGGCGACCAAGGGCGCCAUCGUGUCGUUCACGCGCUCGCUCGCAAAGCAGCUGGCGCCGCGCGGCAUCCGCGUCAACGCCGUUGCGCCCGGGCCCGUGCACACGCCCAUCCAGCCGGCCUCGAGGCCGGCAGAGCAGAUGGAAGGGUUCGGAGAGGGGUCGCAGAUCGGGAGGCCGGGGCAGCCCAGCGAGAUCGCGCCUAGCUUCGUGUUCCUCGCAUCGAAGGACGCGGAGCUGUAUUAUGGGCAGGUGUUGCAUGCUUAUCCGCUGGGGGACUGAUUGGGUGGUGAGUGAGGGUUGAGAGUCUGUGAUGUGGUGUUAUGUCGGCUGGAAUGGUUUGAUUUCACUUCGUGUUCCUUCAUAAAUUGAUGAUAUGUGAUGAACUGAGUGCAAGGUGACUUGCGAUAUUCAUAUGUUUGAGCACGAGCAUAGGACAGAGGGGGGCGAGAAGUGAGCCGGAAAGUAAGCCCUUGUUAGUAGAGCAACGGGUAGGAAAACAGAGGGGAGAGAAAAUGCAGUAUGGACAGACGAACCUGCCUGAUCCUUUUGUCCUCAGUUCGUGGGAUCCAUCUUGCGCUGCUUUCGAUGCGAUGAGAGUGCUUGUAAAAACUUCUUUUUUUCUCUUUUUUUUCUGGCUGCGUCUCAAGAAAUCGUUCUGUGCCUUGCAGUUC